AUGCGAUCGAUCAUAGCUAUACUUUUCACAUUAACUCAUGUUGGAGGUCAACUGGGAGGUGGCACAACAUGUUGCUGUUGUACGCCAAAUCAAGCUGCUGCGCCUGCUUCUAAUGCUCAAGUCCUCCCUCCAGUAGUUGUUCCUGUUUGCUGUCCAUGUCCAGCACAGGCGGCGCCUGCGAUGCCGGCAGUGCCACAAACGCGAAACAUUCACAUUCAUAUACCCGUGCCGACUACAACACCCCGACCUAGAAACAUUUACAUCCACUUACCCAAUCGACAGGGAGGACCACAAGGACCAGGCAUGGGGCCAUGGGGAGGAAUGGGAGGAAUGUAUAAUCCCAUGAUGAUGAUGUACUACCCUUUGCUGUACAGCCUUUUGUUGGGUGGUUAUGGUGGUGGUUAUGGUGGUUAUGGUGGUUCAUUCCCAAUGUGCGUUCCUGCGUAA